GGGUCUUAUUUCACCCAGGACAGUGUGCAGAGUUGUAUCUCUCGUUUCACACAUGUCACUCUGGCUGUAAACCAACACUCACUUCCCAGAAAUGAGUACUGGGCGGAGAUCUCGUUCCUGAAGCUGGAAAGUGAAACUGGGAAAACCAGUUAGAAUGCGUGAUGCUGCUUGUAGCUGGAAGGUUAACAUUAUCAAAGUUUGCAUCUAAAUUUCACCCGGAAGUUGCACCAACCCUGACUGAGAAUUUGACUGAAACCCAAAGCGGUUAAACCCAAAGCAAACGAAGAUGGCACCAGAAUUAAACAAGUCUCCACCAACCAAAUUUCUGCUGGUACCCGGUGAGCCGCAGGAGCCUUGGAAUGACUGGAUAGAAUAUUUUGAGUUGUACAUAAGAGGCUCGCCAGAGGAAGAGAAGAUAGCACUGUUAAACAUUUACCUUGGGAAGGAGGGACUGCACAUCUUAAAUACUUUGACAACGAUUGAAACAUAUGCAGCAAUGAUUGAUGCCCUCAAUGCUUACUUCAGCAAUGCUCAGGAGCCUCGGGACUGUCAGGAGCCUCAGGACUGUCAGGAGCCUCAGGACCCGGAUGAUUCACAAAGAAUCUAUCAGAACGGAUAUCAUAAAGGAAAAAGGAUGAUCAUUACAGGAGCAGCAGCAACAAUGGGUGCAGCUGCAGCAGUGUUGGGGGCACCAGUAGCCCUGGGAGUGGCAGGUUUGACUACUGUUGGGGUUGCUGCUGGAGCAACUGCAGGGAGCGCCGCAAUAGGAACAGGUACAAUUGCUGCAGCAGCAACAGCAACAGUGGGAGCAGUUGCGGCAGUGGCAAUGGCACCAGUUGUCCUAGGAGCGGUCGGAUUCACUGCUGGUGGGAUUGCUGCUGGAUCAUAUGCAGCAAGCAUGAUGUCUGCAGCGGCCGUGGUAAAUGGAGGUGGGGUAGCAGCAGGGGGUCUUGUUGCUGCUCUACAGACGGCAGGUGCUGCAGGGCUUUCCGGAGCAGCUACAGCGGCGGUGGGAGGUGCUGGAGCUGCGAUUAGUGGAGCCAUGGGAUGGUUGGCCGCAGGAGCAGGGUUCUCAGGAGCAGCAGCAGCUACUACAGCAGCUACGGCAGGUGCUGCAGGGCUCUCUGCAACGGCUACAGCAGCCGCGGGAAGUGUUGGAGCAGCAGUUGGGGGAACAGCAGCAUGGCUGGCUUCAAGGACAUGGAUACCUGAAAAUGAGGAAGGAAAAGAUACAGGAGCAGCUACAGCAGCUGCUGCAGGAGGUGCUGCAGGGCUUUCAGGAGAGUCUACAGAGGCUGUGGGAGGUGUUAGAGCAGCAGUUGUUGGAGUGUCUGAAGGGGAGGGAGGAGUCGAGGAGAGAGAGCUUUCAGGAACGACUACAGCAGCUGCAGAAGGUGCUGCAGGGCUUUCAGGAGAGGCUACAGAGGCUGUGGAAGGUGUUAGAGCAGCAGUUGGUGGAGCGGCAGAAUGGCUGUUCUGGCUGACGUCUAAAAAGGAGGGAGGAGAGUAAAGAGGGAAGAGAGGAAGAGAAGAGAUCCCGGAAGAAAAAAAAACGUAUUGAUACUGCAACAUUCAUGAAAGUGUUUUGAAUGAUUUCAUAAUGGUGUUAUGAGUGCAUGUGUAUACCCCCUUUGGUGUUGCCAAACAUACAUAUACAGUGCUGAGACUAUCACAGUGCAGGUGCAUUUAUACGGAGACUUGAUUACACACAGGUGGAUUGUAUUUCUCAUCAUUAGUCAUUUAGGUAAACAUUGGAUCAUUCAGAGAUCCUCACUGAACUUCUGGAGAGAGUUUGCUGCACUGAAAGUAAAGGGGCUGAAUAAUUUUGCACGCCCAAUUUUUCAGUUUUUGAUUUGUUAAAAAAGUUUGAAAUAUCCAAUAAAUGUCGUUCCACUUCAUGAUUGUGUCCCACUUGUUGAUUCUUCACAAAAAAAUACAGUUUUAUAUCUUUAUGUUUGAAGCCUGAAAUGUGGCAAAAGGUCGCAAAGUUCAAGGGGGCCGAAUACUUUCGCAAGGCACUGUAUAUCCACUCAACAUGUGGUUAGAGCGUUGGGCCAGUAACCGAGCGGUUGCUGAAACGAAUCCCCAAGCUGACAAUGUAAAAAGAAGUCGUUCUGCCCAUGAGAAAGGUAGUUAACCCAGUUCCCCGGACGCCGAAGACGUGGAUGUUGAUUUAGGCAGCCCCCCUGCACCUCUCUGAUUCAGAGGGGCUGGGUUAAAAGCGGAAGACACAUUUCAGUUGAAGGUAUUCAGUUGUACAACCUACUAGGUAUCCCCCUUUCCCCUUUACAAACAGACGCAUGCACAUCCACUCAGAGGAACACAUAGGCAUGUGACACACAUACUUUCAAAAUAAAACUGUUGUAUACUGGAAAAAGUUUUUUUUAGUUGUCACCGUACCAGCCCUAUGACAUACCAAAUACAGAGCAGGUGUGUAAAGCACUUUGCAGGUGUGGUUCCCUUGCGCAUUCUGGAUAAAUGCAAUUUAAUCACUGAAAACCCUGACCAACUGUCACACCCUGACCAUAGUUUGCUUUGUAUGUUUCUAUGUUUUGGUUGGUCAGGGUGUGAGCUGAGUGGGCAUUCUAUGUUACAUGUCUAGUUUGUCUAGUUCUAUGUUUGGCCUGAUAUGGUUCUCAAUCAGAGGCAGGUGUUCGUCAUUGUCUCUGAUUGGGAACCAUAUUUAGGUAGCCUGUUGGUGUUGGGUUUUGUGGGUGAUUGUCCUUGUUACUGUCUCUGUGUUACUUUGCACCAGUAUUAGGCUGUUUCGGUUUUCGUGUUACGUUUAUUGUUUUUGUAUUUGAUUCAUGUUUACUUUGUUUCAUUAAACAUGGAUCGCAAUAG